AGAGGAGCUCUGGGCAAUUGGUGGUGAUCCAACGACAAGGGCAGUAAUGGAUAAAUUAAUUGAAAUUCCCCCAGAGAAAUGGCCACAGCUGCGCGAUUUAUAUGUGGAUCACAAACAUCGCGCAUCAUGUUACAGCACUCUACAAUCAUUUAUCCAUUGGAUCACCCAAGAACCAGAUUUGCCGCUGAAGAUCUAUUCCCUCAAUGACGAAUGGGAAACCAACGGAACAUAUGUGGCCCACUUAAGUGCCUACAAGCAACUAUUUUGUAAUACCCUGAAGGAGGAUUUAGCUGACCUGAUCGAGAUUCUAAACUGUUUUGAUAAAGAUAAUAUUGUAGCCGGAUUCGAAGAACGCCUCAUUCCAGCUGUCGAUAAGCAUUUCCUCGACUCGGGUUUAAGUCGAGAACAAUUUGAAAAAUAUUGCACCAUUUGGUACCACAUUCCUAAAGAAGAAGCCUUAAAGUUUGACAUUAAGCUACCUGAGAACAUAACUACCAAAGAUUUAGAUGAAAGCCAUGCGGAGCAAGUGAACAAUGUUUGGCCCCAUAAAUGUGAGGGAUCAUUGGAUUUUGUUAAAAUGCUAAUAAGGCUGCAUAAAAGCGUAGGCAUUUUCGAGGGCGACAACUUGGUGGCCUGGUGUCUAAGACGGCCAUUGGGAUCACUUGGCCUCCUGCAGGUUGAGAACACCCACCAACGCAAAGGCUUUGGUUCGUUGGCUGUGCGAUUGAUAGCGAAAUCCUUGGCCGAGAGCGAUUUGGAAGUAACAGCAACUGUGGUCGAGGGAAAUGUUGCUUCCAGUGCCAUGUUUGAAAAACUGGGUUUCAAACAAAUCGACAAAAUCUAUUGGCAAUACAAGAUCUAAAAGUACUAACAGGAAUAAAAGAAACUCAUGUGAUAAAAAGUAGCGAAAUUGACAACCUAUAU